UCCUAAAGAUCAAUUUGUUAGAAUUAGAGGUGCUGUAAAGGAACAAGGUGCUAAAUGUUUUCCACAGGAUUAUUUACCACCGUCUUUUCCUACUAUUGCGCCAGAAAUAUUAAGGACUAUGCCUAGAGAGUUCAUAGCUAAAAAUGGUGGUGUUGACCCUUUCUUA